CCAGAGUGUCUACGCUGAUCUCAGUGGCUCCAUCAGUGCAGAGGACGACUACCUGCCUCUCCGGCACCGCUCAACCCACCUCACCAUGACCCACCUGGACCCACCACCCCACCGAACCAACCCCAAAGCCUGGAUGGAGGAGGACAACAGCAGGGGCAGGAUUGGCAGACACUCAGGGUUAAAAGAAGAAAGGAAUCGUGAAAGUGGCUACUUCUCUCUGGGGAGGGCGAAAGGUGCCCGUUCUCUCAGGGAUCAGAGCCCCCCACCCGUUUACCGCCAUUCAGAGAGGGGACACCCCCUCUACAGCAACCGGAGCCCUGAGCCCAAAGCUACCAUCCCCUUCAGGAACCCUAACCUGGGGCUGGCCUCAGAGAGGUUAAACCCAGAGAUACUAAACCCAGACCUGCCUCUGGAAAUCCCUGAACCUCCUGACGCAUUUGAUCUCACCAUCGAGGUUGAGGCUCAGGUGGGCCCUCGCUCCCCAAGCCCCACCCCUUUUAAGAUAGCAGAAUCCCUGGCCUCCACUAACCGGAGGGGUUUCAACAGCUCAUACAGUAGAAGAAACUCCCCUUCCUAUCAGGAGUCUGGGAAGUUAAAUGCAUCGAGACAAAGCUCCUCUCUGUCCCGCUCCUCUUCACCCUUACGAAACACCUCCCCAUUCAAACGAAGUGAAUGUACCACCUCCCUCAACAGACGGGGCUUAGACUCUGAGGGCUGGUCUCAGGGGUGGGACCAGACUUCUAAAGGUCCCCCCCAGAGCUCUUUUGGACGAGGUGUUGAUAUUAGAGGCUUGAAUAAAAAUGUAAUAUCGAUGGCCAGUUCAGUUAGUUCCAUAUCACAGGUCAACUCUGUUUCAGAUUUUAAAAGUGCAUUGCGCAAGAAUGAGGCAGACAGCUCCUUAAAUGGUCAUCGACGUGACACACGAAGCUCCGCCCCUUCAAGGGGGGGUUACGAAAGCCCCAGACAAUCCCUGGUCCGCAAAUCUGAAACAAGUAACUCCUUAACUCCCUCAAGAAGGGCUUAUGACACCUCCAACCAAACCCUGCUUCGCAAAUCUGAUAGGAACAGCUUGAUAAAUGGUCAUGGUCGUGAAAGUCGCAAUUCUUCUCCCUUGAGGAGUUACGAUGCCACCAGCCAGUCCCUCCUUCGCAAAUCUGAAACGAACAGUUCUCUCAAUGGUCAUAGUCGACACGGCGGCCGGUGUGGCUCUCCCAUUAGGGAGGGUUAUGAUGCUGAAAGACAAUCUCUGCGGAAAUCAGCUUCUAGUAAAGACUUAAAUGUUUAUGCCUUUGAAAGUGGUAGCUCUUCACCUUCUAGACGUGGCUUUGACACUCCCUGUCAAUUCCUGCUAUGCAAAAGUGAGACACGUGGCUAUGGAAAUGGUCGAGACAGUGGAAGCUCCUCUCCCUCUAGGAAAGGCUAUGAUGCCCCUAGCCAGACACCUCUGCGCAAAAGUGAAUCCAACAGCUACCGGAAUAGUCAAGGUCGAGACAGUCGAAGCUCCUCCCCUUUGAGGAAGGGAUAUGAUCCCCCUGGCCAAUCACUGCUUCAUAAAUCUGAGACGAACAGCUCUGUCAGAAGUCAAAGUCGUGAUCGUCCUACCCCCUCUCCCUCUAGGAGAGGCUAUGAUACCCCGAGCCAGUCAUCACUGUGCAAAAGUGAAUCCAAAAACUUUCUGAAUAGUCAAAGUCGAGACAGUCGAAGUUCCUCCCCUUUGAGAAAGGGAUAUGAUGCCCCUGGCCAAUCAUUGCUUUGUAAAUCAGAGAUGAACAGCUCUGUCAGAUGUCAAAGUCGUGGUAGUCGUAGCCCCUCCCCUUCAAGUAGGGGCCAUGACACCCCCGGCCAAUCACUACUGCACAAAUCUGAGAAGAGUGGGGCCCUCAGCGGUCGGAGCGGUGACAGUCACAACUCCUCACCAUCCAAAAGAGGCAAUGACCCACCAGGUCAGUCAUUCUUCAGGAAAACCACCAGUGGUGGUGACUCCAGCCUCUCUUACCAGAGAAAAAACAGUUACGGUGAUGCUUGGCCUGACUCUAACCCCUCCCCUGGCACCUGGCGAGGCUCCACCCACUUCCUACAUAGCACCUCCCUAUCCAGGGAGGGCAGAGAGAACGAAACAUCUGCCCCCUCUCAGAGGGCCUCUGCUGUCACUUGGGAAACCACUAGGAGUAGCAGUAGUAGGCAGGGUCUGGAGACUCAUAGCUCCUCCCCAAACACAAAAGGAUUGACCAACCGCAACCUAAGUCCCUCCCCUCAGAUGCAAAGGCACACCUCGUCCCAGAGUUCCAUGGAGUCCUCGGAGUCUGGCCAGUUGUCGGGGGAGUCAACGGAGAGGAGUAGGGAGGAGUACGCCAUGAUGGCCGAUCUACCAAAAGUCAAACCUGUCCUCCAAAGGGAGCAGCAUGGUCAUGUUGGACAGACUCCAAACCGACCCUCAGGGAGACAGGAGCUCUUCAAACCAGCAAGCCACUCCCUCUCCAAGCAUCCCUCCAGAGAGUGGCUAGAUGACUCAGGGGACCUAGAGAGAAACCACAUAGAAUGGCAUACUGGCAGCAGUGGUAGACUGUCUCGAGUACACUCGUCCACCUCUUUGCACAUGCAGAGGCCCAGCAGCCCCACUAUAGAGGAGGAGGCCAGUCCAUGGAGGGCACAACAUAGCUCUUAUUUGGAACAAAUGCAGCCCGACCUCCUUAACUUCAAGAAGGGAUGGAUGUCAAAACUGGAUGAGAAUGGAGAGUGGAAGAAGCACUGGUUUGUGUUGACAGAUGCUGGUCUGAGGUACUACAGAGACUCUGGGGCGGAGGAGAAGGAUGAUCUGGACGGGGAGGUUGACCUGAAGUCUUGUGUAAAAGUGUCUGAGUUUGAUGUAGAGAAGAACUAUGGAUUUCAAAUACAGACGAGGGAGGCAGUUGUCACACUGUCAGCUAUGACUGCAGGGAUCAGGAGGAACUGGAUUGAGGUUCUGAGGAAGAGUGUUCGGCCCAGCAGCUCUCCAGACCUUACACAACUGCCUGACAGCAGUAGUGACAAAGAGAACUCUCGUUCCCUGGCCUCCACUCGUCGACCACCUUCUCGCCACGGUGAUGCUGGAUCAGAAUUCACCACCUCCACUGUACGCCGAUUUGACUGUGUCGAGCUGUCACCAGUGCCUGUCCCCUCCAGCCCUCUGCCAGCCACUCAGAGAGAGGCAGGGGAGGGGCAGGGCAGGGAGCACGCCCAAUGGCAGGAGGAGAGGAGCAGAGAUGUGACCAGUAGCACAUGGGAGCAGGUGCUGUCGAGGAAAGGGCCGGGUGUAGGCUCAGACCCCAGGAUAAGAGCAGAGGAGGAAAUUGAGAGAAAGUGGUUAGAGUUUGAGCGGCUGCCACUAAAGGAGAUGAGGUCACUACUGCCAAUGGGCUCACGGUCCAGCCAUCCAGCCAAUGAGGCGCUGCAGAGGGAGGUAGUGGCGUCUCUGAGGCAGCAGCUGGAGCGUUUGCGGGGAGGAGGAUGGGGUGGGGGGAGGGUGGGGGGAGGUAGCUGUGGUCGGGAGGCAACGUGCGGCCGCAGCCUUCAGGCCAUGGAGCGGGCCCACAAACGGGCCCUGGAGGAGCUGCAGAAGCAGCAUGCCCGCGAGACCCGAGAGCUGGAGAGGGACAGGGACCGGGUGCUGAGGGAGGAGACCCAGGACACAGCACAAGUUAUGGAGACACUGAAGAAGGCCCACAGGGAGGAGCUGGAGAGAGAGGUGGAGAAGGCAAAGAGGCUUGGUGGAGGGAGUGCCAACACACAGACUCUACGCUCACAGCAGCAGUUAGAGACCCAGGCCCUGCAGAGGGAGCUGUCCGGCCUGUCUGAGAGGUACUCCCAGAAGUGUCUGGAGCUGAACAGGGCUGAGCAAAGCAACGGGGAGAGGGAUAAAGACAUCACUCACAAGGAGAGCGAGCUGGAGCAGCUGAGGAAAGAGAACCAGGACCUACAGGCCCGUUUGACAGAGGAGAUCAGCCGCAUGCGCUCCAUCGUCACGGGUCAGGGGUUGGAGGACGUUUCCCACGACAACCAGGACAGGCUGUCCUGUGAGCUGGAGGUUCUUCUCAGGGUGAAGGAGAAUGAGGUGCAGUACUUGCACAAGGAGAUCAGCUGUCUGAGGAACGAACUUCAGUUCCUGAACACGGAGAAGCAGUCGGCCUGUGAGCGGUAUAAAGAGGUGCACGGGGAGCUGGGUGGUAUGAAGAGCAGGAGUGAGCGGGAGAUCCAGAGCCUUAGGGAACACCUGAGAUUGGCCAUGGUUGCCCUGCAGGAGGGCCAAAAACUAGGCAACAGCCUGGAACACUGAGAGACCGCCACAAGGGCUCUAGCUCAGAGACAGAGUUGUGUGGGCACAAUGGUGACUGAAGUAGGAGAGGAGCAGGAGUCUUCGCACCAGAUGAUGCCGGCUCGGGGGACCACGAUAGUGCCUUAGCUUUCAAUCAUUCAGCCAAUGAGUGGCAUAAACUAGUAUCAGCUGAUCGGUCAUAUUACACUGGGUCGCGCAAAUUUUAAUCUGCACUUUUUAAACUUUUUCUAUUGUUGAUGUGCGAGAGUGAGUGAAUGAAAAUAUUGGUCUGAGAAACUGGAUUAUUUGUGUAAAGACUGUUGCUGUGAUGUAUUUGUGACCUGAAACAGCACUGGAUUACCCUUCUCUGCAUACCUACCUACAUGUAGACCUACUAUUUACAUGUUGACAGUAGCCAACAUAUGAACAGUUGGUCUACAUGUUGGCUACUGUCAAAAGCUGAAUAAGGAAGCAGGAUAUAAUUCUCGCCAAAAACCAAACUAUUUUCAUUUCAGAGCAUGGAUUUGUACAUACUAAUGGGUCAUUCCAUGUCAUUUCAACAAGCCAUGACACCCACCAUCUCAGAUUGUUCUGAAAUAGUUUCUGUAGUUGGCAAUGGGUAAGAUUGACAUUCCUGAAACAUUUUGUUGAAACUUAGUUUGAUCUCUGAGAAAGGUAUUGGAUUGCACCCAAAUUGGCCAUUUUUUUUUAUUUAUAGGAUUCAGAUAAUAUUCAAUAUCGUAUCCAACAUCCGAUUGGGACCAAACAUCUUCCUACUAAUGAGUAAGACAUGAGGAAUCUCAUAACAUUGUCAAAACCCACCACACCCUAUGUCUGUCUGUUUUAACAAGUAGUAUAAAGCUGCGGCUUGGAGUACUUCUCCAUGAAUGAAUCUGGUGAUUUUUCUUUUCUCUCCACGUUCAGAGAAAUGAAUAAUUGAAGUCACUUGCGUUAUUUACCAUAAAGUAGUUUGAAAGUACUAGAUUUUGCCCAUUAGAUGCCGUGGUCCUACUAUACUGCCGCACUCUUAUAUAUUUUGCUGGUCUCUUGUGUUUAUUAAACAGGUCGCAACAAUCCUUUGCAACUUUGUAAACAAAACCAAUAGAUUUGGCUCAUUAUGAAAAUACAUUUUGUGGUCAUCUGCCAAAUUUCAAGCCAGUCCUCUAUGAAAGCAAUUCAGUUUGUCAUUUUAUGCUUAAUGUGUCCAGGAAACGGUGUGCGGUGUAUUCCCUUCAAAAAAGGUCUGAAUUAGUUCCUGUUUGACUGUUCCCGGUGAACAAGACAACCAUUUUCUCUAUAGCAGUUCUAAUGGUUUCAAUGUUAUGGUCUUCAGUGAUAUAAGUCCCAAACAUACAAUGUAUUGUGUUUUGUAAUGGUAUUGGGUUGGAAUUAAUGCUAAAUGUCACUAAUCGCAAUGCCGUUCCCUAAUUUUAUUGAAAAACAUGACUGCCAUGCAAUGUAUUUUAUUAGGGUUGUCACAUCUUAGUCCCUAGCCCAUUUAUCCAUCAAAGUUUUGGACAUGUAGAAAAAGUGUUCAUAUGAGAAUUGCACCAUAGGGAUAGCCCUUUCAGAAAGCUGCCACUUGUUGGAAUAUUCAAGCAACUUGUUGAACAUAACUGAAACUACUGUUUGUUGGGGUAGUAUUGGGCAUUUGUUGGGGUCUUACUCAUUGGUAGGAAGAAGUUAAUUCCAAUUUGGGCGCAAUCAAUACGAUCAUUAGAUUAAAUUAUAUUUAAACUAAAUGUUUCUGGAAUGCUAAUCGUAUCUCUGACUAACUACAGAAACAAUUUGAUACGGUGGCGUUUCAAUCCUUUUUGUGCUUUUUGAGGUGGAACGACCUUAAUGUUGUACGUGAACAAUGCUUGCUCUCGGUGAUUGUUGUCAUUGUACGCAUUUUACUUCGCAAACCUAUUUGUCGCUUUAUUCAGUGUAAUAUCAUCUUAUAAUGUGGGUCUCUAUUGUGAACAAUAACUAUUUACAUUUGGGAUUGACACAGAGAAAGUGGUUUGGAACUGUAAAAUCCUGGGAAGCCAAAUUGGAAAUCGCACUCAUUCCUCCAGUGUGUAGAUAGAUACAAGUCAUCUGAAUGUGCUUUUUGUUUUAUAUAUAGUGCCUUCUGUGACUGGAUAAUUGCUUGUAGAAGUUCGAUGAAAUGUUGUCGUCUCGCAAGGAUUCUUGAUUUUUUUUUUUGAUGAGGCUAAGAAGAUGCAUUUUGCGAUCCUUUCCCAACAUUGUGUAGGCAUGAUUGAUUGUGCCACAAAAAUGUGUAGUGUUGCGUCAAUGAGCCAAUGUUUUUUAUCUUGUAUUUUUAGAGAUAAAGUAGACUGUCUUUUGACAAUGUUUUUAAUAUUUAAUGUAGGGCAUGCGAUAUCUUUGUAAAGUACCAUCCUUUUACAAGCAAUAAAAAGCAUGUUAAUACA